UUUUACAGAUGUUCACUUUUCCAAGAUGAUUUCAAUCGCUCUUUUCGUUGUCGCUACCAUCGUUGUCUGCUCGGCGGACAUCCCUACCAUUGGACCAUGUGAUGUUAACGUACAAACCCAGACUGACUUUGACUUUGAAAGGUUCCACAAGGAAAAAGGGGGUAGCUGGAAAGUGGUUUAUGGUCCUGCCACAAAGUUUAAUGAAAAUCUUAGCUCGUUGUCUAUAAAAAUAACCCCCGCCAAGGACGGCCAAUACAGAGAUAUUAUUACAUAUAAAGCGAAGGACGGGACGAGUGGACAGUUGGCUGAUGAAAUUGUAACCAACAAUGGUCACGGAACCUGCACUGCCACUACAACUACCAACGAAGUCUACAAAGUCAACGUAAUCAAGUAUGUCCCAGGAAGAUAUGCAUUCUAUUACAUCUGCAGCAAAGAAGGAAGUGACCAGGCGAUAGACUAUAGAUACGUGUUGGCUCAUGGACCACUGACAUCAGCUGAAAAAUCAGCUGUCUUGGCUAUUGACAAGGAGUAUGGCUUCCAAGGCAAAUUUAUUCCUUUCGGAAAAAAUAAGUAGAGGAAUUGUAUUUAGAAAGAAAUAAAACAAUGAUGAACGAGCAGA